AUGGCACCUUACGAGGCUCUUUACGGGCAGAGACAUUGUAGUGGAGAGGCGGCGAGGGAUCAAAAUGUGGUGGUGAUGCAAUACGACAAUCGGAUCGACCACAUGGAGUCACUCUGGGUGGUGCACGAGCGGCGUCCUUGGGACCUGCCGCUGGCCGAUGAGGGCCGGAUCCGGGCGUGGACAGCUGGGAAGCAGCUUCGUGAUUCUGAACUCCUAAUCCAUCGCGUCGUCGUCUUUCUUUUCCUCCGCUGCUUGGAAACAUCUGUCGAGGUCGUCUGUGCCCUCUGUUGCAUCGUCGAUGACCACCAGCUCCUGCUCUCCAUGGAGACAAGCUACUAUGUUUUCCUCGAUCCCUCUCAUGUCAAAGUAUACCUCAUUUUUCCUUGCUCGUUUCAGAUUCUUCUAAGAUAUUGUUGUGAUUCACCAAUCUUUGGACCUCAAAUCAUUGCUUCCUCAUUGUAA